CUCGUGGUGGUGGUUAAGGGUAACAUCGUUCUCGUUGACGUCGGCUGUCUGACUGCGAAGAGUAUUGAGCUGUGCGUCGCUUCACUUAGCUUGUGCGAUGAACUGAUCUGCGAUUGGAUUAGUCAGUCGGAGGUUCGCACCGCUUGUGCGAUGAACUGAUCUGCGAUUGGAUUAGUCAGUCGGAGGUUCGCACCGCUGCCUCCCAGGCUGCCUCUCCCGGCGAGGGUCUGACUGACGAGGAAUACAUACAGGUGAACAACACUCACACAGGGGCUGGCGCACGCUUGAGAUCCACCGAGAAAUCGGCGGGAGGUGGGAGACGCCGCUGCUGAACGGGUGUGUGGUGCAUGUGCGCAUCUGAUGCUGCAGGUGCGAUGAGCCGCCGCAUGUGGUGACGCGUAGGCCAUGACAUCUCGGCUGAACGACCCUCCCGAGGUCGCGCGGCAGGGAGGGAGGGGUGGAGCGUCGAAUGCUGGCGCCAGUCGUACCAUUGAGAAGAGGAACGCCGCACCACCGAUGCGCAUGCAGCUCAAGACGGCCGUGGACCUCAUGCCCAAGUCGGAGAACAUGGUACAGCACAUCCUCCCACACACACAUGCACUCUGCCUGCCUGCUCAUGCGAUUAAUGCCCUGUCUGUUUGCCUGCCUGUGUGUGUGUGUGUGUGUGUGUCAUGCUGUCAGUUUGCCGCGUUGGCUAACCCGAACCCCAGCCCGACCAGUAGCAACAGCUCGUCACACGUCCCCCCACCCGCAGCCGCCCCCGCACCACCGCCCGCCGUCUCGCCCACCAACAAGCAGACCAAACGGAAAAAGAUCAGCAACGCACCCGCAAACUCACCGAGAGCGGGCAAGUCGCCGCCCCCCGCUCUCCCCGUCACCAAGAGCGCUGUACCGCCAGCACCGCCUCAACCACCACCACCCGCCCUGGCUGCUAGCGGUGGUGCUGCGUCGUCCCCAGCUACCGACGAGCGAAACGAGCGAAGGAGUCUGCCGGCAGGGAUGCUAUCUAUGGGAGCCAUGCAGCAGCAAGCGCUCGGCGAGCUGCAAGCCGAGGAGGACAUGUUGGUGGACCAGUUGACGUCGAACCAAGAGGCUCUUGCUUCACACGCUGUCAGUCUGACGGCAACGGCCGCGGGGCCACCAGGCAUGACGGCUGCGGGUGCUGGUGCGAGCAGCGGUCCGCCAGGGAUGGGCCCGUGGCCCUCGGUGCCACCUGGGAUGGGAGGGGGUGGUCUUGUAAAUGGUAGUGUCGAUGUGGGCAUGAGUGUGCCUCCGGGCAUGGUGCCGCAUGCAGGUCAGUCAGUCACGUCACGCAAGACAAGGAAGGACAGGGGGGGAUGGAUCCAACAGGAUUCUCUGUCUUCUCUCUCAUUGUGUGGGGGGGGAUGUGUUGUGUUGUGUUGUGUUGUGCAGGUGGCGUGUCUACAUCGGAGAGUCAGGGGAUGGCUUACGCCUUCCCGGGAGGGCCGACGCAGCAGGGCCAGGCUCUGCUGCCCACACCAAUGCGUAAGCGACAGACAGACACCGAUGCACUCGAUGGACGACACUCACACACACACACACACGCGCGCGCGCGCGCGCGCUCAGGCCUGUGCACCCAUCUGUAUGCAUGUCAUGUGUCUGAUCCAGAUGCUCGCGUACCUCAAUCGCAGUGGUACUCUCCCCCGCCCCCUCCCCCACACCCACCCCCUCUCCGUCCCCACCCGCCCCGCAGUAUGGAUGA